CUCAGAUGGAGCACCAGGGCUCCAGCUCAGGGCGCACGGCGGACCCGGAGUGAAUGACGCCGGUGGAUGGACGCUGCACCCCGGUUCAGGCUGUUCACAGCACGGCGAUGACGGGCGACCAGGAUUCAGACCUGCAUGAGCAGCACAGAGGACCAACGCAGGAGGAAGGGGAUGAGGAGGAGGAGGAGGGGGAGAAGGUGCAUGUGUCAGUCGAGAGAGAGGAGAGGGAACAAGGGGAGGAAGAAGAGGAGGAGGAGGUGGAGGAGGAGGAGGAGGAGGAAGAGGAAAAGGAGGAGCUGCCGUAUCCCACUCUGGCACCAGUGGUUCUUUUGGCUUUGACCCAAACCAGCCCGCCCCGCUCCUGGUGCCUUCGAGCUGUUUGCCACCCAUGGUUUGAGCGAGUGAGCAUUUUGGCCAUCCUGUUGAACUGUGUGACGCUGGGGAUGUUCCAGCCCUGUGACCACACGCCCUUCCUGCUGCAGGCUCUGGAUGAUGGGAUCUUUGUUUUUUUUGCCGGGGAAAUGGUAAUGAAGAUGGUGGCUCUUGGGGUCAUAGGUCACAACGGUUACCUCGGCGACACUUGGAACAGAUUGGACUUUUUCAUUGUUUUAGUGGGGAUGCUGGAGUACUCGCUGGACGGACACAACGUCAGCCUGUCGGCUAUCAGGACCGUCCGGGUUCUCCGCCCGCUGAGAGCCAUCAACAGAGUUCCCAGUAUGCGUAUCCUGGUGACCCUCCUUCUAGACACUCUUCCCAUGCUGGGCAACGUGCUGGCGCUGUGCUUCUUCGUCUUCUUCAUCUUCGGCAUCGUCGGCGUGCAGUUGUGGGCGGGGCUACUGAGGAACCGCUGUUUCAUGGGAGAGGAUGUCAAGAUGAGAUAUAACACCUCCUUUCUGAGUGGCUACUAUAAGCCGGAUGGCACCGACAACCAUCCCUUCAUCUGCUCCAUGGAUCGAGAGAACGGGAUGCUGCGAUGCACUGAUGUACCUCGCCGCCGCGUGAGCGGGACUUCCUGCUUCCUGGGUGCCGAGGAGACCCGUCCAGUGGAGGGACUCGAAGUCGAUGAACCAGUAUCAUGUGUGAACUGGUACCAGUAUUACAAUGAGUGUCGGACCGGGGAAGUCAACCCACACAAAGGAGCCAUUAACUUUGAUAACAUUGGAUAUGCGUGGAUUGCCAUUUUUCAGGUAAUUACUCUUGAAGGCUGGGUGGACAUCAUGUACUACGUCAUGGACGCACAUUCGUUCUACAAUUUUAUCUACUUCAUCUUCCUAAUUAUUGUGGGCUCUUUCUUCAUGAUCAACCUGUGCCUGGUCGUCAUAGCAACCCAGUUUUCUGAAACGAAGCAGAGGGAACACGCGCUGAUGAAAUCGGAGCAGCGCGCCCGGCAGCUCCACCAAUCGGCUUCCACGCUGGCCAGCGACAGCACACCGGGGAGCUGCUACGAGGAGAUGAUCCGCUACGCGGCGCACCUGGGCCGCAAGGCGUGGCGCCGGCUGACCCGCUGCUACGCCCACACGUGCACGCGCUUCCGCUGCGCGGGCGCGGGCGAAAAAGACAAAGGAACCGGCGGAGCCGCCAGAAGCGGCGGAGCGGGAGAAAUGAACGGACUUGCCCACCGGCACUCGGGACACGUUCCCAACGACCUGUCGCACCUUCAUCAGCUUUAUCAUCACCAUCACCAGCAUCAUCAUCAUCACCAUCAUCAUCACCACCAGCCUGUGCCCGCCGUCAGAAAUGGAGGGAAUGGUUUUAACUAUCCGUUCAUAUCGCCCCUCCUCAGUCCGCUGGAUGCGAAGGCCCUGGGCCAGAAGAGGCUGGUGGCCAAGCAGGCCAUCAACAGGCUGCCACAGCUGGAGGCGGAGCAUGGUGGGAGCACUGGGCACACUGGGCUCCCAUUGCCAGGUGAAGUCCAAGUAGAGUCCCCAGCGUGCCCGUACUGCCUUUACUACGGCCAACUUAAGGACGGCGAACAUGUUAAUGAGCAGCCCGAAGACCGUCAUCAUGGGUACAGCAACUCAUGCCAUGGCAACAGCCCGUGUCACUGUAGCAGCCCCUGCCACGGUGAUGCACAGGUGUCUGAGCCAACGAAAAGGCUGUGCGAGCGUUGCUGGGCGGGGCUCCAAACUAAACUGGAAGUCAUUGUGGGAAGCAGAUACUUCAGCAGAGGAAUCAUGAUUGCCAUCCUUAUUAACACACUGUCAAUGGGCAUAGAGUUCCACGAACAGCCCAAGGAGCUGACGGACAUCCUGGAGAUCAGCAACAUGGUGUUCACGAGUCUGUUCAGCCUGGAGAUGCUCCUGAAGCUCACGGCUCUGGGGCUCUUCGGCUACAUCAAGAACCCCUACAACGGCUUCGACAGCAUCAUCGUCAUCAUCAGCGUGUGGGAGAUCGUCGGCGAGGCCGAGGGAGGCUUGUCGGUGCUUCGCACCUUCCGCCUGUUGAGAGUCCUGAAGCUGGUCCGCUUCCUCCCCGCCCUGAGGAGGCAGCUGGUGGUGCUGAUGAAGACCAUGGACAACGUGGCCACGUUCUGCAUGCUGCUUAUGCUCUUUAUAUUCAUAUUCAGUAUCUUGGGGAUGCAUUUGUUCGGCUGUAAAUUCAGUUUGCAACAAGACAGCGGAGACACUUUACCCGACAGGAAGAACUUUGACUCUCUGCUCUGGGCGACUGUCACCGUGUUUCAGAUCCUCACCCAGGAGGACUGGAACGCGGUGCUCUAUAACGGGAUGGCCUCCACCACGCCGCUGGCCGCCCUCUACUUUGUGGCCCUCAUGACCUUUGGCAACUACGUCCUCUUCAACUUGCUCGUCGCCAUCUUGGUUGAGGGCUUUCAAGCCGAAGGAGAUGCCAACAGAUCCGAGGCAGAUGACGAGAGACAAUCGCUCAGUUUCGAGGAUGAGGAGAAGUUGAGAGAGAUGUACGCCGCAGAGCUCAAGAUUCAGUCCAUGAUGCUCAGCCCCAACGGUCUCUUGAACCCCAAAGCCUCCAUGCCCCAUCACCUUCCUCCUCCCCUGCCGGUCAUCACGCACACUGCAGCCACGCCCACCAUCGACUACGGCCAGUCACGGCGGGCGAGCGGCGUUUCCAUGGACUUCCACGGCCUUGAGCAGAGGUCACCGUUGCCUUUGCAGGUUUCGUGGGACGCCGGUCCAGAGAGCCGUCGCUCCAGCUGGACCAGCAUGAGCCGAGCCCCCAGCCUCCACAGGAGGAGUCAGUCGGGGGAGAUGGAGUCCCUGCUGUCCACGAGCUCCGACUUCGGCAGCAGGGAGGCGUCGCUGGACCAGCCGGAUUACCUGCAGGUGCCCAUGCUCCACCCGCCCGACUGCAACGGCACCGGCUUCCACCUCCACGACGACGCCCCCCUGACCGCCCUCUGCCACAGCGACACGGAGGAGGACGAGAUUGAGGAGAGUUUAUGUAAGAAGCUGAAAAAGAUCCUCGAGCCAUAUGAGCCCCAGUGGUGCCUGGAGCAUGAAGAGUGGUCUCUCUAUCUGUUCGGUCCACACAACCGGCUCAGGUUGUGGUGUCAGAGGGUCAUUGGUCACAAGAUGUUUGAUUACAUCAUCCUCCUCUUCAUCUUCCUCAAUUGUAUCACCAUUGCACUGGAAAGACCGGACAUACAGUCCAACAGCAUGGAGCGGGUUUUCCUCAGCGUGUCCAAUUACGUCUUCACAGUGAUCUUCGUGGCUGAAAUGAUGAUCAAGGUGGUAGCUAUGGGAAUGUACUUUGGAACCGGCGUGUACCUGCAGAGCAGCUGGAACAUCCUGGACGGCCUGCUGGUGUUCGUGUCCCUGGUGGACAUCCUGGUGUCCGUCGCAUCAGCAGACGGUAAUCGAAUCUUAGGCAUCCUCCGGGUGCUUCGUCUGCUCCGCACAUUGCGACCGCUCAGGGUGAUAAGUCGGGCUCCUGGUCUGAAACUGGUGGUGGAGACUCUGAUCACAUCUCUCAGACCCAUUGGGAACAUCGUGCUCAUCUGCUGUGCUUUUUUUACCGUUUUUGGAAUUCUGGGAGUCCAGCUGUUUAAGGGGAAGUUCUUCCACUGCGAAGGGCUCGACGUGAGCAACAUCACCAAUAAAACCCAGUGUCUGGGGGCGGGAUACCGCUGGGUGCGACGCAAAUACAACUUUGACAACCUGGGACAGGCCCUGAUGUCACUGUUUGUGCUGUCAUGUAAAGACGGCUGGGUCAGCAUCAUGUACGACGGGCUGGACGCUGUCGCCGUGGACAAGCAGCCGAUACGAAACAACAACCCCUGGAUGCUGCUGUUUUUCAUCUCCUUCCUCCUCAUCGUCAGCUUUUUUGUGCUCAACAUGUUUGUGGGCGUGGUGGUGGAGAACUUUCACAAGUGUCGCCAGGAGCAGGAGGAGGAGGAGACGCGGCUGAGGGAGGAGAAACGGAAGAAACGGUCGGAGAAGAGGAGGAGAAGGGCCCAGGAGAAGCCGUACUACGCCGACUACUCCCCGCUGCGUCGAUCCAUCCACACCGUGUGCACCAGCCACUACCUGGAUCUCUUCAUCACCAUCAUCAUCUUCACAAACCUCCUCACCAUGAGCAUGGAGCACUACAAUCAGCCGCGGUACUUUGAGGAGAUACUGAAGUACUGCAAUUACGUCUUCACGGUGGUUUUUGUCAUCGAGGCGAUACUCAAGCUCAUCGCUUUCGGCCUGCGCCGCUUUUUCAAAGAGAGAUGGAACCAGUUGGACCUCGCCAUUGUGUUGUUGUCCAUCAUGGGAAUCGCACUGGAAGAAAUAGACCUGAAUGCUUCCCUCCCCAUCAAUCCUACCAUCAUACGCAUCAUGAGAGUCCUCAGGAUAACAAGAGUGUUGAAGCUGUUGAAGAUGGCCACGGGGAUGAGAGCUCUGCUGGACACCGUGAUGCAAGCUCUUCCUCAGGUGGGGAAUCUGGGUCUGCUCUUCAUGUUGCUGUUCUUCAUCUAUGCAGCUCUGGGAGUUGAGCUCUUUGGAAAACUGGAGUGUACAGACGAGAACCCGUGUGAAGGUCUGAGUCGCCACGCUACCUUUGACAACUUCGGCAUGGCUUUCCUCACACUCUUCAGGGUGUCUACCGGGGACAACUGGAAUGGGAUUAUGAAGGACACGCUGCGAGAAUGUCGCCCGCAGGAACGCCACUGCCUCACCUACCUGCCCCUGAUCUCGCCCGUUUAUUUCGUCACCUUCGUCCUCACGGCUCAGUUCGUGCUGGUCAACGUGGUCGUGGCCGUUCUCAUGAAAAACCUGGAAGACAGCAACAAGGAGGCGCUGCUGGAUGAGCUGGAGGAGAAGAAGGAGCGGGAAGAGAUGCUGGAGCGGGAGGAGGCCAGUCGUCGGCUCAGCGCCGCGUCCGUGGGCGGAGACCUGGCGCCGAACGCGGGCGCACCUGCUCAGGUUGAGGAUGAGGAUUGUUCCCAUGGCAACCUGCUGAGCAUAGGACGCAUGCUGUCUCUCCCCAGCGACAGCCACGUCCAGCCACUCAGAUGCUCCCCUUAUCCCCCCAUUUGCCACGAGGCGUACGCCGGCUACAGCUACUCAGGCUCCAUGUCCUCUCUGGGCUCCAGUGUCGGCGGCUCCCUGCUGCAGGUUCCGGGCGCUCUGCCGGCCUUCAGCCGCGCCUCACUGGGGACCGGACGCAGCUCCAGGCCGAAGAUCUUCCUCAACAAGUCUCAGAGCAUUGACCGACACCCCUCGCACAGAAUCAAUCCCGCGGACGGCGCCGAGGGCUACAGGUCCAGUCCGGCUCACAGAACCAACAGACACAGACUUAGCUCGGCUCAAAGCAUCGACGGAUGCAGGUUCAGCCCGGCCCAUCGGAUAAACAGACACCGGCUCAGCUCCACUCGCAGCAUGGACGGGUACAGGCUCCACCCGGACCGCAACGCCGACCCACCCAAACUCACGUCCAGCCACAGCAUGGACAGACAUUCCUCUCUGAGGCCCACGCAGGCGGCCGGCAGAGGCCCGUCCCAGUGGCUCAGCCCCGAGGACGGCCUGGACCGGAACAAGCUGAGUCCCUCCUACGUCCCGGAGAGUUCAGUCCAGAGGAGGCCGGCGUCCUUCAGCGCCGCCAGCAGACAGUUACGGAGACAGGAGGCCGUGCGCUCUGACUCGGUGGAUCAGAGUGGCUCAGCCGACGACCUGGCGGCAGAGUCUCCCCUCCCCGUGCCCGCCGCCGUCUCCUCCUCGCCACCACGCCAGCGGUCAUCCAGCGUGCACACGCUGAAGUACACCCACCCCCAGAGGGUCAUCUCAUGCAGGAGCCACAGUGAAACCCCCGGGCAAGAACACGCACCCGAGCCGGCCGCCGGCGCCUCGCAGCCAGACGCGGAUGUCGAGACGAGGCCCGUGUGCCUGCAGAGGCUGUCCGGUCUGAAGGUCCCCGGCGGCGAGUCCAUCUUAUCAGCCGACCCGGAACCCCAGUCGGACGCCGCCGACGAGGAAGUCGAUCGUAUUAACAGUUCCGUUGAGGCGCCCUCACACACGCAGCUCCCUCCCAGCUCCUCACACAAAAGCCGGCACCCGACGCCGAGCCCCGUGGACCACAGGAGCCGCCUCAGCCAAUCGGUGUCUCCGGUGUCGGGCGGGAACAGGAAGCAGAGGAUGAGCCCGCCGCCGGGGGAGGAGCCGGUUACUAUGGCGACGCAGCUGACGGACAGCAGUAUUGACCUGAGGAGGCGGACUCUGUCAUUCGAUGCCACGACCGUCUCCUCACCAACCAGAGGAGAGUUCUGCGGACGACUAAAAGAACAAAAUGUCGGUGGAUUUGUUUUUUCUGUUCGAGUGGAGGAACCCGACGUGCUGCCGAAGCACGCGCAAAAAAAGGGGGCGGGAUUCGCAAUCCCAAACAGGAGGGAUAACCUGUUUUGGGGCCCGUCCCAUUCGCCUCGUCCACUCGAGAUUUUCACAGGGUGUUCGAGAAUAAAUCUUUCGGACUGUGCGUGCGUAUGAGUGUGUAUGUGUUCAAAGACUCGUACUCGUCGUGCUGUUAGCGCACAAGAUGCACACAAGAAGACGUUUACUUCUAUCAUAGUCCUAGUUUUAGUUCCGACAUAGUAGUCACUCCCCUGCUGUAUUUACUCAAACAUUAACCUUCCGCUUGCUUGCUUGCUGUCCUCCCUCUGCCCCUCACUCCCGUCCUUUCUCCUUGCUCCUCAAGCCUAGGUCAGAGGACAAGACAAACAUACCCGUAAGUGGUUAAGUUACUGAUCAGCAACUGACGUUUAUUUGAAUUAUUGAUUCAUCUGCAGAUUAUUUUUCCUGAUAAAUCAAUUAAUUUCUGGGUCUCUAAAACAUCAGAAAGAUUUUUCAACUCACUAUAUUGUCAGACAAGGAAAAGCCUAGAAUCUCCACAUUUGAGAGUCGAAAACCAUCAAACCACGAUGAUUGAUUGGUUGUUAAAAUAACUGUUUCUGUUCUGAUUCGGACAGUUUUUUCCAGUUAGAAACACGGUAUCUCCUCCAGUCUUAUAAGAACGUUCUUAUUUACCAGAACUGUUUACUUUUCGUGUAAUUCCCUAAUUGUCUUGCUGUGUGGUGCAGAAAUGACGGUUUGUGUUUACAAAAGAAAUGUAAGAAAGUUAAAGCGGACAAAUACUUUUACUUUUAUAUAAAAAUGCUUCAUUUGUAAUUGCACGCUUACGUAGAUUGUGGUGGGCACAUAUUGUUUCGAGAAAAAAAAUACCAAAUUGUACAGCGGCUCGUUAAAAGUGAAGCGAAACAAGAAAUGUUAUGUCUAACCGGGUGAAAGUUUUUUGUUUUUACACAUCACAAAUGUGUUCCUACCUCUUGACCUACAGUAAACUGCCACUGGAAGUUGCUUGAUCGUUCUCAGAUUGCAGUGUUUUUCCUGGUCAAAUCAAACAUGGACAACUUUUGAAAAACCUUCCCCAGCCUGAAUCCAAUCAUCCCUAACAGUUGGUCAAAUCAAUUUACGCUUAGAGCCUCCGAGUUAAAAUCAUAUAGUGUGACCUUGGCUUUCGUAGUUUCUACCUCUCUUUAUUCCUGAUCCCCGUCCCAAUCGAAUGUUCAGUCAGCUUGUUUCCUCACCCCCUUCAACUUUCCUUUUCUCUGUCUUGGUAUUCUCAGGGUAGAGGUAGUUCAGACGCAGGUGAGUAUGAAGCAUGUGAUCACAGGUCUGCAGAGUGAGAUUGCCCCCUGCUGUCUGAAGCCAGAGCCGGCCCGCGUCACCUGAGAUUUAUUGUUCGGGGGUGAAAUCCAGACAGAAGCAGAUGUACAGAAGGGCUUUAUUCAGGUGACUUCACGGUGUGUAAAACUUUGUAGAAAAAGCUAAGAUUAUAUUUUAUUAACACAGCAGCGAUGAUAUAAGAACUGCAAAGGUGAAUUUAUAUACAUUUUGAUUGUCAAUGUAUCUGCUGGUGAUGAUGAGGAUGAUUGACGAUGAUGUCAGUGUAUAAGAGGGUGUUGAUUAUGAUAAGAACGGUGGUAAUGAUGACUCUGUGUGAUGCAGUUGUUCAUGAUGUUGUAAAAUGUUCCUGCAGAAAGAAAGUGGGGAAUGAUAUACAGUCAGCUCACCUGCAGAAACAUGAUUGGACAGUGCUGGAAUAAAACCACUUCCUGUCUGACUUUCA